AUGGUCGUCUUCAGCAAGAUCACGGCCGGCCUGGCCUGUCUCUCCAUCGCUUCGGCUGUGCCGCACGGUGGUCGCAAGAGCAGCUUCACUGUCAACCAGCUGGCUCGGCCUGCCGUCAGUCCUAAGACCCUGAACUUGCCUGGCAUGUACGCCAAUGCUCUGACCAAGUACGGCGCAUCCGUCCCUGCCAGUGUCAAGGCUGCCGCUGAGAGCGGCUCAGCUACCACUACUCCCGAGAACAACGACGUGGAGUAUCUGACUCCCGUCAACGUCGGUGGCACUACUCUGAACCUGGACUUCGACACUGGUUCCGCUGAUCUCUGGGUCUUCUCUUCCGAGCUGCCUUCUGCCGAGCAGGCUGGCCACAGCAUCUACAAGGCCGGCCGCAACGGCACUAAGAUCUCCGGCGCCACCUGGCAGAUCCAGUACGGUGACCAAAGUUCGGCUAGCGGUGAUGUCUACAAGGACACCGUCAUCGUCGGCGGCGUCAAGGCCACCGGCCAGGCCGUCGAGGCUGCCUCCAAGAUCAGCCAGCAGUUUGUCAACGACAAGAACAACGACGGUCUACUUGGCCUGGCUUUCAGCUCGAUCAACACCGUCAAGCCCCAGGCUCAGACCACUUUCUUCGACACCGUCAAGUCGCAGCUCGACUCCCCUCUCUUUGCCGUCACCCUGAAGCACAACGCCCCAGGUACCUACGACUUCGGCUUCCUCGACAAGUCCAAGUAUACCGGCUCAAUUGCCUACACCAAUGUCGACAGCUCCCAGGGCUUCUGGAUGUUCACUGCCGAUAGCUACAAGAUCGGUAGCUCUUCAGGCGGCUCCAUCAAGGGCAUUGCUGACACUGGCACCACUUUGUUGAUGCUCCCCGACGACGUCGUCUCCGCCUACUACAAGCAGGUCUCCGGUGCCAAUGAGGACUCCUCCGCCGGUGGCUACACCGUUCCCUGCUCUGCCAAGCUGCCCGACUUCACCGUCUCCAUCGGCAGCUACGACGCCGUCGUCCCCGGUGACCUGAUCAACUACGCCCCUGUGAGCCAGGGUAGCGACACCUGCUUUGGCGGUAUCCAGAGCAACUCGGGUCUUGGCUUCUCUAUCUUCGGUGACAUCUUCCUUAAGAGCCAGUAUACCGUCUUCGACUCAAAUGGCCCCCGUCUUGGUUUCGCUCCUCAGGCUUAA